AUGAAUAUUGUGGGGCAUCCCAAUCUUCUUGUGAAGGAUUUUCAAUUAAAUAAUGGUUGGGAUGUCGAUUUUAUUCGUCAGUUAGUGGGGCCGGAUCAAAUUGAUGAAAUUUUAGAGGAUCUUUGCAAAGCGAAGCCUGGUAUGGAUGUUCUGAUUUGGAGUAAAAAUGAUAAUGGUCUGUUUUCUACUAAGUCGGCUUGGGAUUGUAUCCGCAUUAGAAGUGAUAUUAUUGAGGGUCAUUCCUGGAUUUGGCAUAAGAGUCUCCCUCUUAAAAUGUCGUCUCUCAUGUGGAAAGCUUGGUAUAUGGCCUUUAGUGUCGAUCAUCAUCUUCGUCGUAUUGGCAUCCCUAUUACCUCUCGUUGUGAUUGUUGUGCUAAUGGUCACUUUGAGGACCAAAAUCAUGUUCUUUUUGCAGGUGAUAUUGCUAAUUAUACUUGGUGUUAUUUUGGGGCUUAUCUUGGGAUCCCGAUAGGUCAAAAUUGGAAAGAUACAGUGAAGAGGUGGUUUCGUCGAGCUAAUAAUUCGUCUCAAGUUGGCAUUAUUCUGGGAAUUCUUCCGGUGAUUAUAACUUGGAGACUAUGGCGGAGGCGCUGUUUGGCGCGUAUGGAGGGUCGCUUUGAACCUGUCUCAGAAAUUAUUCAUUCUGUUAGUCGGUGGAUUAGUCUUAUAUGCCGUGAUAUGCAUGCUAGUUCUCACAUUUCCAGUUUUGAUUUGCAGGUAUUGAAAAGUUUGAAUGUCCAGGCUGUUCUUAUCCCAAUUCGGCGUUGCAAAACUUUCACCUGGAAUCGUCCUUCGGUGGGAUGGGUCAAGCUUAACACAGAUGGCAGCAGUUUGGGUAACCCUGGUGCCUCAGGGAUAGGUUCUAAUAAUCGGGCAGAACUUCUAGCUCUUCUUCAUGGGCUCCAGCAAGAGAUGUGGGGUGUGGUAUCUAGAGGAUUUCUGGGAGGGGAAAUUAUCGACAUUAUAGACUCCAUGACCUACUCGAUAAACCAUGUUUUUAGAGAGGGAAAUAAAGUCGCUGAUUGGUUAGCCAAACAGGGAGCUUCUGGAAAAGACUUCGCAUUUUCGCAAUUAACGGAAACUCCCCGUGCAUUGCGUGGUCUUAUCCGUAUGGAUUACUCAGGUUUACCGUCUUUGCGUUUUAGUUAG